AUGUCGUCCAUGCUCUCGAAGACGAAUAUACUCAGCAGGGCAUCCUUGCGGUUUCUUGUACCGAGAAGUGUUGUUAGACAAGGAAUUACUCGCUCGCUACCCUCACAAACUACUUACAUUUACAGGUCGUAUACCCAACAACAGGCCCCACCUCGCAUGAAUAGCCAAGAGAAGAUACCUAAAUUUGAUAUAAGUAAGCUAUCCAAAGCUGAGAUUCAAAGAUUGAGAGAUUUUAAACAUCAAGAGGACACUAAGAUGAAAAAUAGAACAAUAGCGUUGUAUUUUAGUAGUAUGGCCGUUUUAUUCCUGGGAUUAUCAUAUGCUGCCGUCCCCAUAUACAGAGCCCUAUGUGCCCGUACUGGGUUUGGUGGGAUACCCAUUACAGAUCGUCGUAAGUUCACUGAUGAUAAAUUGAUCCCUGUGGACACGGAGAAGAGAAUUAAAAUUUCAUUUACAAGUGAAGUGUCACAGAUCUUACCCUGGAAAUUCGUCCCACAACAGAGAGAGGUCUACGUGCUGCCCGGUGAGACCGCAUUGGCGUUCUACAAGGCAAAGAAUCAUAGUGACAAAGACAUUAUCGGGAUGGCUACGUACAGUAUUUCGCCGGGGGAAGCCGCUCAGUAUUUCAAUAAGAUCCAAUGUUUCUGUUUCGAAGAGCAAAAAUUGGCUGCCGGAGAGGAAAUUGACAUGCCAGUGUUCUUCUUCAUCGAUCCGGACUUCGCCAGCGAUCCGGCAAUGAGGAACAUCGACGACAUCAUUCUUCAUUACACGUUCUUCAAAGCCCAUUACGGGGACGGCUCAGCAGUGAGUGAUGCUGCAGCCACUGUGGCACCUGGAUCUGUGCUAGUGAAGAACCCAGACGAUGACGAUGAAUAG